AGGAGGGUUUGUCUCUCACAGGCUUCACUUCAGAGACCGGGGGGGCUCGGUGGAGAGUCGCAGGUUCGGGGGGCUUCCGAUGCAGACUGCGCAGUUGGAAUAAUAAUAAUACUUAUUAUAAUUAAUAAACAGCAGGAUCUUUUCUGCUCAUCAGACAGGAAACAUGGAGAACGUGCUGUCAGUCCUCAAUUUGGGCGAUUUAGCUCAUGCUUUCUCCAAAAUGGGAAUGUUUCCCGUGUUUGAUUUGGCUUAUUACAUCGUGUCCAUCCUCUACCUUAAAUAUGAACCAGGCUCAGUGGAGGUUUCUCGCAGGAGUCCAGUGGCCUCCUGGCUCUGUGCCAUGCUCUACUGCUUCGGUAGUUACAUCCUGGCAGACAUCAUGCUUGGGAGCAGCCCCGUCGACUAUUUCCAACACAACAGCCACAUCCUGCUGGCCUCAGCUGUCUGGUAUCUGAUUUUUUACUGCCCCCUGAACCUCUUCUACAAAUGUGUGGCCUUCCUGCCGGUCAAGCUGGUGCUGGUGGCCCUGAAGGAGGUUGUCCGCGUCCGUAAGAUUGCCGCAGGCGUUCACCACGCACACCACGCCUACCAUCACGGCUUCUUCAUCAUGGUGAUCGUUGGAUAUGUCAAAGGGUCUGGAGUGGCUCUUAUGUCCAAUUUUGAGCAGCUGCUGCGCGGCGUGUGGAGGCCCGAGACCAACGAGGUCCUCAGCAUGUCAUUCCCGACUAAAGCCAGUCUGUACGGAGCCAUCCUCUUCACCCUGCAGGAAGCCCACUGGCUGCCUGUUUCCAAGAGCACCCUCAUCCUCGUCUUCACCCUCUUCAUGGCCACGUGCAAGGUGGUGAUGACCGCCCGACACUCCCAUGGCUCCCCCUUCACCCUCGUUGAGUCCUGGAUUUGUCACGUGCUGUUCGGCUCUCCUCUCUGCGGCGGCGAGGAGGAGAAUCAUCAUCCUCCUGCCGCAGCCCCGUCUUCUCCUCUCAAGAGCAAGGAGGAGCUGAGUGAAGGCGUCCGCAAGAGGAAGGCCAAGAAAGCCGAGUGAAACCCCGUGCUGUGCUGCCGACACUGCGUCUGACUCAUGGGACAUCCCAUCCACCCCCCCUUUUGAAGAAAAGGAGCGGUUUGUUCUUUCCCCUUCUGAUGGAGCAACAUGGUGCUUUCUGUAUUUGAUAAAGGUAGAGGACUCUGUAAAUACCAAGGAAAGGUUUCACACUUUUACCCAACCUGGACGUUUAUUUAUUGAUGUUUCUGUGAACAUCUGUGUGGUGAUCCACGUCAGGAGCUGCAAAACCAUCGCUCCAUUCCACAGGAUCUUUUCUUUCAGUCCAAAAAAAAAAAAAAAAAAAA